AAUUGGAAGAAGACCAAAGGUGUCGAAGGCCACAAAUUGUUGCAGGGUUGGAACCCAACCUUUGGUCGUUUCACAAUCUCGACCAUGGCAACAGAUCAGAAUCCUUUUCAUGGACCAGGAUCUUGCUCAACACCCCAAGGCGAAAGCUCAGCAGCUGGUGUUUUCUCUCAACAAACUUGGCAGUGUUGUAGAGUCUGUUGUGGUGAGUUCAUCUAGCGAACGGCCGUCGCUGACCCAGUACAAGGAGGCGAUAUUUCGAAGUGGUCACCUCUCACUUCGUGGGACGAUGAUGAAUGGGAAUGGUUUUCACCAUCAACCUCGCCAUCCCUCCCGAGACAAUCUACAACAGCGUCGCAGUGGUAGUGCGAGUGGUGCUACACCUCGAAAUAGUAAUAAUGCCAGCGGCCAUGCCCGAGUUCGGUUUCCCGAUGAUGAAGGAGCUUCCGGACUCCACAAUCCACACUCCCAAAACAACAACCAGCUUGCCAACUUUUUCAGCGCGAUAGUGGGUGUCUUCUUUGGAGGAAUUGCGUCCAUUUGCCUGUUGGGAUUGUUGACGAUUCUGGGCAUUCUCUACGUGGGGAUCAAACCAUUUUCUGUAUCCAUGUAUCGACGCCUCGCAAACCAAUUGGCGGCAGCAUCCUUCCUCGAUGCCAUUGCUCUGCUACUACCCAAUAUGCGACUAUAUCUGACAGGAGAUUCCGAUGUUCCAAGCCCAGUAGGGACUUCCAUUCUGGUCUGUAAUCACUUGAUGGAUGGAGAUUGGUGGCCCAUUCUCAUGUUGGGCCGUUGCGUGGGAUUGAGAGGCAGUGUCAAGGCCAUUAUGCGCAAUGAGAUUCUCCAUUUGAACAUGAACACACAACAAAACAACAAUAGCAGUGGAAGUGGUGAACACAGUUCUUCCAGAGAUACUCCGCGAGAACGAAGAAGCGCUUCACAAUCGUCUCCCGCCAUGCUCAAACAAGCUACCGCUGCCGCAGUCGCAGUGGCAGCUGCUCGCAGUGGAGCCACUAUCGGUGGUGGUGGUGGCUAUGGAUCACCAUCAGCAGGAGCCGAAAAUAUCCUCCUUUCCAAUAGUAGUGGGAGCAGUUCGGGGAGUCCAACGUCAUCGAAUGGCAGCAGCAGUGGCGCACACACGAGGCAUCACACGUCACGCGAUUUGAAGAUUCUCGCAAAACUGCUCCAUGCCUUUAUGGAAUUCCCCUUGCUCAAUGGAGAAGAUUACAUAUCCGAUAGAGAACACCUGUUUCAGCUAUUGCGAUCCUUUGCCGAAAACAAUGGAGCAGAGGCGCCCGUUCAUCUUCUCUUUUUCCCGGAAGGAUGGUCCCUUCAUAAUGGUGCUGAUCGAAGAAACGUGCUAGCCAUGAGUAAUGAAUUUGCCAAACGAGAAGGACGUCCUCAGCUCAGACACUUGCUAUUGCCGAAAACAACUGGAUUCAAUGCCAGUUUGGAAUGUCUCCGGGAAUCCAGUCCAGUUGUGUACGAUGUCACCAUGGCUUACAGCGGUUACGAUGGAUCCCUCCCGCCAAAGUUUGAUUUAUCAUUUCAGUCACUGUGGACUCUGAUGAGACAUUCCUUCCCCACUGAGAUCCAUAUUCGAAUCAAACGCUACUCCAUGGAAGAAGUCUUGCAAGAUGCAAGUUGGCUCGAUAAGAAAUGGGCCGAGAAGGAUCGACUGCUGAGCUUCUUUUCUACACAUCAAUCAUUCCCAACCGAUGGACGAGGAUUCUGUCGACAUCGAGUCUUCAAUUCCCGAACUCAUUCCAUUGAAUCGUCAGUGAUUGCCUUGUCGCGGUUGCUGGCCAUGCCUUGGACCAUUCCUUUUCUUCUCUUCUGUUCCAUCCCAUUGUUCUGGACAGUCCUGUGGAUCUACCUGAUUCAUCGAGGCUUCAAGGCCAUUUUCCCCGAAAACGCAGACGAACGAUUGUCAUCCAACGACGAUGCCGGAUCGACAGGAGUGGCAGGCCAAACGCCACGAUCAGAAUCCGCAACGCCCUUCUUCCCAGCCACGCCAUUUGCUUCUCCCUCGGUGGCCACAUGGAGAGACAUGAUUGCCAACCGUGACAAUGACAACCCAAAAUAGAACACUCUACUCAAUCAAGAGCAAACAACUUGCCAUUACGAGCGAACCAACCAGCGCGCAUGACCACCGAUCACCACCCUAUUAUUGUACGCUUCAACCCGUCUAUAUCAUAUACUUCCUCCCCUUUGUUGUUCUGAUGUUGUCCACUUCACACUGUUCCCAAGAAACAGCAGCCAGCAGCUAGCUAGUAAUAGAGCGUCAACAAAGCUUGUAAAACUAAAUGAAAGCCUUUUAGUUCCGU